AUGCACUCCUACCAGCUUCUUGGCCUGGCCGCUGUCGGCUCCCUCGUCUCUGCCGCUCCCGCUCCCUCUCGCGUCUCUGAGUUCGCUAAGAAGGCCUCCACCUGCACUUUCACCUCUGCCUCUGAGGCCAGCGAGAGCAUCUCCAGCUGCUCCGAUGUUGUCCUGAGCGGCAUCGAGGUCCCCGCUGGCGAGACCCUCGACCUGUCCGACGCUGCUGAUGGCUCCACCAUCACCUUCGAAGGUACCACUUCUUUCGGCUACAAGGAAUGGAAGGGUCCCCUGAUCCGCUUCGGUGGUAAGGACCUGACUGUCACCAUGGCUGACGGCGCUGUCAUCGACGGUGACGGUUCCCGCUGGUGGGACAGCAAGGGCACCAACGGUGGCAAGACCAAGCCCAAGUUCAUGUACAUCCACGAUGUUGAGGACUCCACCUUCAAGGGCAUCAACGUCAAGAACACCCCCGUCCAGGCCAUCAGUGUCCAGGCUACCAAUGUCCACCUGAACGACUUCACCAUCGACAACUCCGACGGUGAUGACAACGGUGGCCACAACACCGACGGUUUCGACAUCAGCGAGUCCACUGGUGUCUACAUCAGCGGUGCUACCGUCAAGAACCAGGACGACUGCAUUGCCAUCAACUCUGGCGAGAGCAUCUCUUUCACUGGCGGUACCUGCUCCGGUGGCCACGGUCUCUCCAUCGGAUCCGUCGGUGGCCGUGAUGACAACACCGUCAAGAACGUGACCAUCUCCGACUCCACCGUCAGCGACUCUGCCAACGGUGUCCGCAUCAAGACCAUCUACAAGGAGACCGGUGAUGUCAGCGAGAUCACCUACUCCAACAUCCAGCUCUCCGGCAUCACCAAGUACGGUAUCGUCAUCGAGCAGGACUACGAGAACGGCUCCCCCACCGGCACCCCCUCCACUGGUAUCCCCAUCACCGAUGUCACCGUUGACGGUAUCACCGGUACUCUUGAGGACGACGCCACCCAGGUCUACAUCCUCUGCGGUGACGGCUCUUGCUCCGACUGGACCUGGUCCGGUGUUGACCUCUCUGGUGGAAAGGCCAGCGAUGACUGCGAGAACGUUCCUUCCGGUGCUUCUUGCUAA